GGCUCCUCAGCCGCGAGAGCGAACGCCUGCGCCGAGGAAAGGUGCUGCCUCUUCCACCCCUCCCUCGCGGGAAUUGGCACGGCGCCCCCUGGCGGCCGGGAGGAGCAGGAAAGAGCACUGGAAGCUGCUGGGCAACCUGAAGACCACAGUGGAAGGGUUGGUGUCCACCAGCAACCCCAACGUCUGGUCCAAGUAUGGCGGCCUGGAGCGGCUCUGCAGGGACAUGCACAGCAUCCUGUACCAUGGGCUCAUCCACGACAAGGUGUACUGCAGGCAGAAGGAUUACUGGCAGUUCGUGAAGGACAUCCGCCGGCUGAGUCCCAGCUCUGCUCAUCACCUGGAGAAGUUCAUCAGCCUGCAUGAGAACAGCCAGCCCAGCCCAGACAGCCACAGUGACCAAGCUAUUGCACAGCUGUGGCUGCAGCACAGCCUGCAGUUCCACUGCCUCUCGGCACAGCUCAGACCUCUCCUGGAGAACAGGCAGUAUAUAAGGAAGUUCUACACAGACACAGCCUUCCUGCUCAGUGACGCCCACGUCACAGCCAUGCUGCAGUGCCUGGAGGCUGUCGAGCAGAACAACCCCAGGCUGCUGGCUCAGAUCGACACAUCCAUGCUGGCCGGCACAUCACUGCCCUCCGUGUGCUCCUCAGGUCCCUCUGCUGGGACAGGAGAGAUGUGUGACCAUGAUGCUGUAGGACAACAGAGCCGCCUGCCUGGGGCACUGGGCUGCCUAGAUCAUCUCGCUGAGAGCCUGCUGACCAGGAAGGGUGAAGGUCUGUCUUCGGUGACAAAGAGUCAGAGCCUGACUGCGCUCCCUGGGUCUUUCUAUACCCUGUCUCCAGGCUGCAUGCAGCAGCACCACUGUGGGUCCUUCUCCAGCCUGCCUCACCCGGCCUCCUCUGGGCUCUCAGACAGGAGACCAGCAAGCUCCUCCAUCAGCUCAAGCUCCAGCCAACCCCAGGAACACUGCCUGGCCUCGCAGUCCUCCUCCUUCAGCGAGGGCAGGUCUCCUCUGGAGCAGCCCAGCGCUGUCCCUUCAUCCCACAUCCCCUCACCCAAAGACCCCUUCUCUCCAGCCAACGAGAUGAGUUCCAGCACCACCAGCCAGAGUGAGGACACUUGGACAGGGAGUCAGGAUGAAUCACAAAGCGAUGCUAACGAUGGGCCGGAGUACCUGGCCAUCGGGAACUUGGGGCGCCGUGGCCGGGCCUGCAGCACCAGCAGCACCAGCAGCAGUAAGAGCAGCAGCUCCAACAUGUUCUCCUCUAGCAGCUCCCAGAAGCUGGACUCAGGGGAUCGGGGGGCAAAUGGAUGUGGCAGCAGGGGCCUGGGCCUGUUGCGCCGGUCCAGCUUUUCAGAGGGACAGUCAUCGGUGUCGCAGGGCGUCCUCAAGAAGAGCCACCUGCGCUCACACUCUGACACCAAUGUGGCUUCGGGGAAAUUGCACGAAUCCCAUUCAGAUACAGGUGGAGGAAGAGGGAUGGUCUCUGGUUCCACCCAGAGCAGUGAACUGAGCACGCCCAGCUCCCUCUACAUGGAGUAUGACUCUGGCCAGUACCUGAGCUCGGGGGAAGGAAUGUUCAGAAGACCCUCAGAAGGGCAGUCCCUCAUCAGUUACCUCUCUGAGCAGGACUUUGGCAGCUGUGCAGAUCUGGAAAAGGAGAAUGCUCACUUUAGCAUCUCAGAGUCACUAAUUGCUGCUAUCGAGCUGAUGAAAUGCAACAUGAUGAGCCGGCAGCUGGAGGAGGAAGAGGAAGACAGCGACAAGGAGAUCCAGGAGCUCAAACAAAAGAUUCGCAUUAGGCGCCAGCAGAUCCGCACCAAGCACAUGUUCUCUAGCUGCCAGGAGAUGGGCUCAGACAGCCUUGUGGCGACAGACAGUGAGUCCCAGUUCAGCUCCCAUGGCUCCACGCGCCUGUCUGAUUCGGGCUCUGCAGAGGAUGUGGAGGAGUACGAGAUCCGAGAUGGUAACGAUGGAUCUAACCUGAUUCAAAUGUCCAAGGACGGCCUCUCAGUGUCAAUGGCUUCCUUGUUCUCAGAUGCAGACAUCAAGAGGAACCCUGACUCCAGCAGGAAGUCCUUUCUCUCCUCAGAGCCCAUAUCCCAUUCAUUCGGCAAUUCAAACUCUGCAGAAGCUGUGGCCAUGGGUUUGCUGAAGCAGUUUGAGGGCAUGCAGCUGCCAGCUGCCUCCGAAUUGGAAUGGCUGGUCCCUGAACAUGACGCCCCGCAGAAGCUCCUGCCCAUCCCUGACUCUCUGCCCGUCUCUCCUGAUGACGGAGAACACGCCGACAUCUACAAGCUGAGGAUUCGGGUGCGUGGAAACCUGGAGUGGGCCCCCCCACGACCACAGAUCAUCUUCAACGUUCACCCAGCCCCAACGAGAAAGGUAGCUGUGGCCAAGCAGAAUUACCGGUGUGCAGGCUGUGGCAUUCGGACCGAUCCUGAUUACAUCAAGCGACUGCGGUACUGUGAGUACCUGGGGAAGUAUUUCUGCCAGUGCUGCCACGAAAACACCCAGACAGUCAUCCCCAGCCGCAUCCUGCGCAAGUGGGACUUCAGCAAGUACUACGUGAGCAACUUCUCCAAAGACCUGCUGAGCAAGAUCUGGAGCGACCCGCUCUUCAACGUGCAAGAUAUCAAUCCUGCCCUGUACCGGAAGGUGAAGUCUCUCAACCAAGUGUGGCUGCUGCGAAUCCAGCUCUUCCACAUGAAGAACAUGUUUAAGACCUGCCGGCUAGCUAAAGAUCUCUUGGACUCCUUCGAUGCGGUGCCUGGCCACUUGACAGAGGAUUUGCAUCUCUACUCUUUAAGUGACCUCAGUGCCACCAAGAGGGGGGACCUGGUGCCUCGCCUGACAGAGCUCCUGAAGGCAGGCAGCCUGCACGUUGAGAAAUGCAUGCUGUGCCAAGCCAAAGGCUUCAUCUGCGAGUUCUGCCAGAAUGAAGGCGACAUCAUCUUCCCCUUUGAGCUCAACAAGUGCAAGACAUGUGAAGAAUGCAAAGCCUGCUACCACAAGUCCUGCUUCAAGUCCACACGCUGCCCUCGCUGCGAGCGACUCCAAGCCCGAAGAGAGCUGCUGGCCAAGCAGAGCAUGGAAUCCUACAUCUCAGACUAUGAAGAUGAUGAGCUAGAGCAGCAGGAGGCAGCAACAGCCACCUAAGCACGGUGCAGCAGAGGAGCAGGCACCGGGUUUAUUUACACCUUCAUCACCAGAGACUGAACCAAGCAUACUUACGGUGAGGAGGACUGGCAGGAUACUCAUCAUACCUGGAGCAGUGUCAAAGGGAUCUGCUUUCCCCUGUACAGCAGUGUUAGGGAAGGAUUACCUUCUGUCAUCCAGUCUGUUCCAGGUAAUGGACACCCUGGGAUGCCUUGAUGAGGGGAAAGGUGGUGGCCAGUCCUGUCUGCCCCAUAGGCAGAAAGUGAGUCUUUACCAGGCAAUCACUUGUGAGCCUGUCUGCAGCCUCCUCCUUGUCCAUCUCCAUCCCCUUCUUCCUGGAGGAGUCCUCGGUGGGGUCAGCACUUUCUGCUCAUCAGCUGGACACUGGAAGCUCUGGCCAUCUGCUCCUGGGAGAGGGAAGUCAGCUCUCCAAGUCCUCCCAUUCUGCUUCUUGCUGCUAGUUUGUGUGUACAUGGAAAUAUGGGAGGGCUUGGGGGGGGGGGUUGAUGGAACAUUUAGCAGUUCCCUUUUUUAACAUCUGAGUUGGAACCAUUGCCAGUAAACCAUUGCUCUCCCUCCAGAAUCGUACAGAGGAAGUAGCAAUGAUGUAAACACUGUAUGUCAGCCCUGCCUCCCCCCACACUAUCCAUGCUGAGCUGCUCCAUCUCCCUCCACCCUAAAGGCAUUGCAAUGGGGGCAGCUGGGAUGCGCGGCUGUGUGAGGGGACUGCUACUGCUGGGCAUGAAGCUGGAGGCAGCUCUGCAUGACAGGACACAGUUAACAAGGCUUCAAACUUCGUAACCCCUUCAUGCUGCUGCUCUGUGCUCCCUGAGGGCUGCCUCUUCCUGUAAAAGGGACAUGGGACCUCCCCAUGGCAGCAGCACCAGGGCCUGCCUUGCACGCAGCUGUCUUCUGCCUGUACCAGUCGGGAUGUGUAAAGCCUCUUGGCUCAGUCCUCUGAUCACCUCCCCCCAACCUCUAUGUCCUGGUUUUUUUUUUUUUUU